AUGAAUGAACUCACACUGGAAGUGGACAUGGCAGCCAGGAACCGGUUGGUGACCCUCUUUCAGAAGGCCCCCUGGCACCUCAUUUUGUAUAUCUUCUCUCCAACAUACAAUUAUUCCAAUGGACAGAGCUGCUCCCUGCAAACACAAGAUAUGAAGGGGGUAUCUGCAGAAGGGGAUGUCAUUAUUGGUCUGGCAUUAAAUAUUCAAUUAGACAAUAAAUACCCCGAGAUGUCAUUCAGGCAGAAACCAGGACCAAUCACCUGCAAAGAUUUUUACCUGAAUAGAUAUUUACAGCUACAGACCUUUAGGUACGCAUUGAAGGAGAUAAACGGCAAUCCGAGAAUCCUCUCCAACAUCACGCUGGGCUUCCGUGUUUAUGAUUCCUGCCGGGCCCUUCAGAUGGAGCUGCAGGGAACUUUAUGCAUGUUGUCUGGGCAGAACAAAGCCAUACCCAACUUCCAGUGCCAACAGAAGGAGCGGCUGGCUGCCAUCAUUGGACACUCAACCUCUACCUACUCCAUCCUCAUGGCUCACAUCUUAGGCCUGAGCAGAUAUCCACAAAUCAGUUACCUUUCAACAAGUCAUCUUCUAAGCGAUAGGACACAAUUUCCAUCCUUCUUCCGGACGGUGCCCAGUGAUGUAUUUCAGUCACAAGGACUGGCCCACCUUGUGUUGCAUUUUGGGUGGACAUGGGUGGGUUUGAUCGCUUUUGACAAUGACUAUGGAUUUCAUGGCAUUAGGAUCCUUCAACAAAAUAUCCACAAAUUUGGAGUGUGCGUGGAGUUCAUUGUCUACAUGCAGAGCAGCCGUCCAGAUCGUAACAUGCCUCACAUCAUUCAGACUAUCAGGAAAUCGACGGCCAAAGCUGUGGUCAUAUUCGCACCUGAGGCUGAGUUGAAUUUCUUAUUUAAUGACCUAAUCAAGCAAAAUGUUACAGGAAAGACUUGGGUCGCCAGCGAAGCGUGGGCUACAUCUUCUAUCUUACUAAAUGAAAAAUUCUGGAACCUUCUCCUAGGUACUGUAGGCUUUGCCCUUCACAGUGACUAUUUUGAAGGGUUUCAGGAAUUGUUCAACAGAAUUAAGUUCUUUAAUGAGUCAGUAGACCCAUGGGACAAUAUGAUCUUGGAGGACAACAUUGGUUGCGAAUUCAAAGAAUUCCAAAACGUUACAUUUCAAAGAGAAAAGCCCCCAAGGGCCUGCACACUAGAAGAGAAAAUUAAAAACUUUAGGGUUGUUUUGAGUAAUGUAACCAAUCUAAGAUGGAUGUACUACCUCUACUGUGCUGUGAAGGUCAUAGCUCAGGCUUUACAUGACCUUUCUAUGUGCAAAAAAGGAAAUGGACCUUUUAUAAAUAGAAGCUGCUCGGGACUCAGGAACUUCAGACCCUGGCAGAUGCUACACUACAUAAAGAAUGUUCGGGUGAACCUGAGCGAUGGAGCUGAACUGUUCUUUGAUUACAAUGGGGACCCUCCUCCUGUGUACGACAUUGUAAACUGGCAACAAGGCCAAGAUGGAGUUAUGAGACAGAUCAAAGUGGGAAGUUAUCGAAGUUCAUCUGUUGGCAAUCACACACUGGCAAUCAACACAAGUACUUUUCAAUGGUCUUCAGGUAGUCCAGUGGUGCCAGUUUCAGUUUGCAGUGAGAAUUGUCCAUCUGGUUUCAGAAUGGCAUUCAUUAAAGGAGAACCAAGUUGUUGCUUCCAGUGUACCCCCUGUUCACAUGGAGAGUUUUCCAAUAAGACCAACUCUGCUGAAUGCUUUAAAUGCCCAUGGAAUGAAUGGCCAAGUCCAGAAAAUGACAGAUGCUUGCCAAAACCCAUUGAAUAUCUCAAGUUCGAAGAGCCAUUGGGAAUCACAUUAGCAUGUACCAGCGUUACAUCAUCCUUUGUCCCUUUAGCCAUUUUAUGGCUUUUUAUUCAUUAUAAAACGACUCCUGUUGUCCGUGCCAACAAUUAUAACAUCAGUUGUCUGCUUCUGAUCUCCCUUUCCCUUUGCUUCUUGUGCUCCUUGGCCUUCAUUGGUUAUCCUCAACGCCAAAAGUGUCUUCUACGGCAGGUAGCCUUUGGGAUGGUUUUUGCCCUUUGUGUGUCGUGUGUAUUGGCCAAAACCCUGAUGGUUAUGAUCGCAUUUAGAGCCACCAAACCAAACAGCAACUUUAGAAAAUUGGCUAAUCCAAGUUUUUCCUACAAAGUUAUCAGUUUAGGAACUUUUGUGCAGUCUCUUAUUUGUACCUUUUGGCUUUUAUUCUUCCCACCAUACCCCCAAUACAACAAUAAAACCGAACCUGAAAUUCUUAUUCUUGAAUGCAACGAGGGAUCAUUGAUCGCCUUUUGGUGUACUUUGGGCUAUCUUGGUGUUUUAGCUAUAUUCAGUUUUCUAGUCGCUUUCUUGGCUAGGCAGCUUCCGGAUAACUUUAAUGAAGCCAAAUAUAUCACCUUCAGCAUGUUGGCUUUCCUUAGUGUUUGGCUGACCUUCAUACCAGCCCACCUUUCCAUUACCACCAAGUACACAGUAGCCACAGAGAUUUUUGCUAUCUUGUCCUCUACCUGGGCGAUGCUUGGUUGCAUGUUUGUUCCAAAAUGUUAUAUCAUUUUACUCCGUCCCAAUGUAAACUCCAAAAAACAUCUCAUUAAGAGAUUUGGAAAAAGGAAAUAA